GUGAAACGUUCGUAGCGUCCUUGGAGUGUGAAUGAGGGCACCAUAGAGUAAUUACUCUAUGGAGGGCACCAGCUGGACGUUGCACACAUGACCUGGUACCUUGGGUAGUUGAACCAUAGAUAAUAAAGAAAUGGAUAAGAACUAGCUGGAGUCCUCAAAUUCAUUAUAGAAAUUUUGUAGGCGUGAAAAAAAACACACCGGGAUGUUUGAAUAAUGAGAAGUCAUUUUAAACCUAGCCUAGUAAAUAUUAUUUCUGUUAGUUUUGCGCACAGAUAUAGAUAAGAAAUUGAGGCCGUUUAUUUAUACUGUAUACAGUUUUGUAUAGUGUGAUUAAAUAAAAAUCGGGAAAUAUUCUGUGCCUUCGAAUUCCGGUGAUGACGCCGUAGCGCUAUUCUCAUCAGUCAUGAACUUUGGUUUUCUAAAUAUGGCCACACUGGGUUAUAAUAAUAAUUAUCACCAUUCCGGAAACCUGUUCGACCGCCGGCGCCACCGCCGCCGCCGUCGGAUAAUAAUAAUGAUGAUUGAUUGUCAAUAAAUAAUUGACACCAGUGUCCAGUAAGUUGGCUGGUUAAGCUUCUGCUCUGUGUGUUCUGCGUUCCCUUUCGUGUUUACAUGGUUUUCCCGAGCCGGAAAAACGGAUAUAUACCUUAGGAGACCAAGUUACACGACUAGCAUGCGUGGUGGCCUAUAAACAAUAAUGGCUUUCCUGUGUCCCGUGAGAAUACGCCGAGGCAAGAAGAAAAAAAGUGGUUCUACCAGCGACUUGGACAAAGAAGUGUUACGAGGAACCAACGCUAAUGGACCGGUUCCUGGUAUGGGGCGUAUUACCGGCAGUGCCUCCAUUGAGACGCUGGUGCGUGUCGGGAUAGAGAAGGAAAAUGGCUUAUCGCCUGAUAGCAAAAUGGUUGUACUUCACGAUUUUACACCGUGCGUUGAUGAUGAGCUAACUGUGAAACGAGGCCAGGUCGUCAAUAUCCUAUACCGAGAGAAUGACUGGGUAUAUGUAAUUGCGGAGGACAGUCGUCAAGAAGGUUUUAUACCUCAUUCGUAUUGUACACCUUAUAAUUCACAGCUUGGUGAAAUAGCUUUAAAUAAUGUCAAAAAGAAAUUACCACGUGCACCAGCUGCUACACCAACUGAAACUGUUGUUGAAGUUGAAAUCAAUGAGCAACAAAAACAUGGUAAUUGUGGUGAUUUAUCUGACUGUGAAAGUUUUGGCAAUAAAACUCAAGAUCACAAAAAUCAAAACAAACAGAACAUUAGUAGCUCUAGAGCUUCAUUAUUAAGUGCGUCUUCACAUCCUGAGAUUCGACCAUUUUUUAAAGACCCUGCAGGGCGUUACAUUGUAUUAUACACUUUCAUAGCAAGAGAUGAGAAUGAUGUGAGUGUGGAGAGAGGAGAAUUCGUGACUGUAUUAAACAGAGAAGACCCUGAUUGGUAUUGGAUUAUUCGCAGUGAUGGACAGGAAGGUUUUGUUCCUAGUGGAUUUGUAUAUCCAGCUGAUAUAAUACAAGGGCAUAUAAAUCAAAUGAAUAAUAAUCAGUGUGCUGGUACUACUAAUACUGGACUACCUCCGGUUACACGAGCACGCCCACGUAAAAACUCUUGUGUGGCUGAUGACGAUCCAGCAAUUCAUGGUACUGAAAUGGUAAUGCUCUAUGAUUAUAAGCCUCAAGCCCCAGAUGAUCUAUCAGUUAAGCGUGGUGAAUGGAUAUAUGCAGAUCUUGACAAUCAAAUGGUCGAAGGGUGGUUAUGGACUUAUGCUCCUAAAACAAGAAAAUACGGUUUCAUACCUAAAGCAUACGCUCAUCCACCUGCUAUGACCAGUUUGUGAAUAUAUUACAGCUGAUAUUGUUGUAUCAUUAUUCAUUACUAUAAAAAAGUAUUAUUUUAAGUAUUAAAUAAGUACUCUAACCCAAUAAUAUGUAAGCUGAACAUAACUCCUUUAUUUCUGUUUACUGUUCUUCUUAUACCUUCGAUGAUCUUUCAAAACCAAUAAUUGUGAUAUUUUGUAGGAUAAUGGGAUUGGUAAUGAUAAAGUAUUUAUACAAAUUAAUAUAGUUUUAUAAUAACAAUAGAAUACUUACAUUAACCCUUAUAAAUGUUAUUGUUUGGAAGAAUCAAAAUAAGAUUUUGAAUUUGUCUGUAAAAAUGUUAUGUAUAAAACUAAAAUUAUUUAAAAUGUAGUUAACCUUAUCUUAAUGAAUAACUCUCAAAGAAAUCUUAAAUUAUCGCCACGAAUACUUGAAUAAGCACUGACUGUUGCUAAUAAAAUAAGUAGGAGAUUAGGGGGAUGGCUGAUUAGUCCACUAAAGUUCACUACCUUUUAUUUGAAAUUAUUCAUGAUUAGAUACAUAUAUAUAUAUAUGUAUAUAUACAUUAUGGUGGUCGAAGUUAUGGGAUGAAAUAUAUCAACAAACAUAAGGUUAGAACUGUACUACUUUAUCCUUUACUAAUGACAGUGUAAGAGAUUUUUUGAAGACUUCUUGUAAUUUAGGUUGACAAGAUUUGAGAUGUUAAGAUUUUUCUGUAUCUAAAAAUACAUUAUAAAUUUCAAUGAACUUUGAUUAAAGGAUUUAAAAUGUCUUUAAGGACCAAAACAAAAGUUGUAUCUGUAUGUUUUUCAUUUUCAUAGUCUAUGAUAGUUAAUUUAAAUGUAAACAUGUUUUUAGAGAAACUAUUAUUUAAACGAGAUAGUGCAUACUUUAUAUAUUUUUCCAUAUUGGUGUUAUACUUUUGAUGAAAAAAAGAAUGAGAGUCAAAAACAGUAUUUUAUUACCUAAGUUGUAUAAAAAAAUAUUAAUGUGAUAUUUAAUUGUUGAAUCAAAAUUAAGGAAAGCAAGUAUCAAAGUAAUAACAAUUUAUAUUAAUUAAUUGUAUUUUUGUGCAACCAGAUAUUAAAUUAUAUCAAACGUGAUACUUUUUCACUUUAUUAAAAACAUAAUUAUAUAAUAUAUUUUUAGUUUGAAUAUGAGUAUACCAAUAAAUAUAAUGUUUUUGUAUGUAUUCAGUGUUGGUUACUUGAAACAUUUAUUGUAUCAAGCCAUUCUUUAAAGUUAAUAGAUAUAAGGUAUUUUAUGUUAUAUAUUAUAUAAAACUAGAUAUUAUAAUAUGACUAAGCAAUUAUGUAUUGCUUUAUUGUUUAUUUUGUUUCAAUUAUCUGGUUAAAAGUGUUUUUUUGGUCGAAUAUGAAGUAUAAUUAAAUGUAUCUGUGAUGAUUUAUAGUCCACAACUGGAUAGACAAUUUUAUAAGAAAAUAACAGUAACUUUUAGUUAAAAAAAUAGUGGUUAAUAUGUUCAAAUCCGUCCAUUUUGAAGUUGUGCCAUACUGCUAUUGUACUUUAAUUAGUUUUAUAAGACUGUAUUGCUUUAAAUCACUUUUAUAUUACAUUAUAUUUUAAUCCAUAUUAAAUGUAUACAAUAAAAUAUAUUAACAUUUAUUUUAAA